AUGAAAUCUUCGGAAUGCCAUGGAACCGGCCGUUUCCGUGCCGGAUUGUUCGACCUGGAUGAUAGUGAUAAUACUGAUAAAUUUACCAAAGUUAAAUUACGUUAUCAAUUUUAUUUCUAUUAUUUUAUGCCAUAUAUUUUAAUCGAUGAUCUUCAAGCUAUUGAUUCGAAUGCCAUUGGAUUAUUUGGUCUUGAUAAACAAAAUGAAAAAGUUGCUCAAUCAAAACGUGGUAACAGAAUAUAUUUAUAUGAAAUAGAUAAUAUUCCAGUUUAA